UGUCAAUCACAAAGCAUAAAUAAAUAAUUGUGCAGCCGUAAAAAUUUUAAUUGUAUUUAUUUCAAUUGUAAUUAUUUACUUAUUAUUUGAAUUUUUCUUAGAAUUAUUAAUAAAAAAUUCAUAGAAAUCAUUGUGUGCUGUUUUUUGACUAGUAUACCUUACGCUCGAGUACGAAAUUAGUAAAUGGACAGGAAAUACUAGUUUUUUAAGGUUUGAAAAUGCAGUCAAACGAAAAACGUCCAAAAACGAUGGACCUUGCAUCAUUGGAGCCUGCAAUGAGGGUGAAACAGCUCGCUAACUUUGGAGCUAUGGUGGAGGUUGACCCUAACGUCCCACCUAGAAGGUAUUAUCGCUCUGGGUUAGAGAUGGUGAGGAUGGCCAAUGUUUACCUGGCUGAGGGUAGUCUUGAAAAUGCCUAUAUGCUGUAUUUGAAGUUCAUGACACUAUUCUUGGAGAAGAUAAGGAAACAUCCAGAGUAUGUGUCUGUCCCAUCUGAUGUGAAAUCCGUAAACCAAGCAAUGUUGAAGGAGGUCAUGCCAAAAGCUGAAAAAUUAAAGCAGAAACUCUUAGAGCAGUAUACCAAGGAGCAUGCACAUUACAAAGAAUAUGAGGAAAAGAGAAAAAUAGCAGAAGCUGCAAAAAGAAAGCAAGAGCAAGAAGAUGCUAAGCUUGCCCAGCGGCUUCAGGCUGAUGAAAACAGGCAAGAUGGCCACACUGGACCUCAUCUUCUUAAUGCUGAAGAGUGGGCUGUGUCUCCGUCGGCGCCUCCAGUGGACGGCGUGCUAUAUCCCGACGACUUUGCGAGCGAGCCGCCGCGCGCGCCGCCGCACUCCUACCACCCCACGCCGCCGCUCAUACCGCCGUCGCGGCCGGACACGGGCAUGAACAGCUUCCUGUCGCCGCUGGUAUCGGAGCGGCGGCUGCGGCCGGUGCUGGUGCCGGCGGCGCUGCUGGCGCGCUUCCUCGCGCUCGCCGCGCCUAACACUGCGCGCAACAUUGAGCUGUGCGGCAUCCUUGCGGGCAUACUGGAGCGCGACCAGCUGAAGAUAACGCACGUGGUGGUGCCCAAGCAGUCGGGCACGCCGGACUCGUGCGUUACCAACAACGAGGAGGAGAUCUUCCACUACCAGGACCAGCACAACCUCAUCACGCUCGGCUGGAUACACACUCAUCCAACACAAACGGCGUUUUUGUCGUCAGUGGACCUCCACACGCAGUGCUCGUACCAGCUGAUGAUGCCUGAAGCGAUCGCUAUCGUGUGUGCGCCCAAAUAUAACGAGACGGGAUACUUUGCACUGACUCCCGACUACGGGACGCAGUUCAUUGCCAACUGUCGACAGACUGGAUUCCAUCCUCAUCCUAACGACCCACCUUUGUUUUAUACUGUAACACAUAUACGGUUAGACAAUACGGCGCCUGUAGAGAUGGUGGACCUCCGGAGAUGAACACAUACACACACACACAUUUACAUACACACAACACACACUGCCUUGUUAGAAUAGCUUAGGUCAGCCAUUGACGGUCAAUUAUACUCACGCUUCUGCAGCGGAAACGGCAGUGAAGACGUUUCAUAAGUCGAGCCGUGUCAUGCACGUGUGGCGAACGAACUCUUUCGUUCGCCCACUUUAGGUUAGGCCAUCUACAUUCACAUUCCAGAUUCAUUUCAUAUUUAGAAUUCCCUCGACCGCGCAUGCGUGGAUAUAUUGUUUCGCCCAUCCAUUACAUCUUUACCAGUCCUCCAUUCAACAUCGCAUCAUCUAUUUGACAGUACUUUUAUUUUAUAUCCAUUUACAAUAUUGUUAUAAUCAGUAAAGUGAUAUCAGUUACAAUAAAUAAAUCCACAUAAAUAUAAAACCUCAACGGCGAUAUUGGUGACCACCGAAAAUGGAACACGCAACGCAACAAAAGAAAAAUCGUAACAUAGCAACCGUUUGUGUCAGAAAAAUAUAUAUUCAAGACUUCAAUACAGUGAAAAAAUGAUGCUGAAAACACAAGAAAUGUUCAAACUCAAUCAAGAAAAAUCGUCCAUAAAUGUUGCGCCCCAGCGCUGAUUCAGGAUCCGGUGCACUUCGACGCCGUCCACGCGUCGCUGCGCCGCCCUCACUCGCCGUUUGCCCUUGUUGCGCGGCAACCCAGCGCUGGUGACAUGGCGCCCGGCCUGCCUCGCCGCCUCUACUCAACUCGUGCAGCGCCCCAGUGCUGAUUUUUUUGGCACACGGCGCGUUCCGGCGCCGACCACGCGCCGCCGUGCCUGCUGCCCCCUUGCCGUCUGCUCAUUAUGCGCGGCACUGCAGCACUGGUGUCUUGGCGCACUGCGCACUAUCCGCGCCACUGGCUCGCGCAUACCGCUGCCAGGCGCGCUGUCUCCGCGUCGCUUGCUCACGCGCGACGCCCAACUGCACUGCUGAUGUCAUGGCCCUGCGCGCAGGGUGCGCCGCCUGGCUCGCGCACAUCGCUGCCCGGGGCACUCUCCGCGCCGCCACGCUGACAUCAUGCCGCCCGGUGCGCUCAUCACGCCGCCCGGCGCGCUCUACGCUGCUCGUCGACUCCAAGCCUUUAAAGCCGUGGCUGGACGAGUCCUGCUCUUCUAGUGCAUUUACUAUUUCUUUUAUUUUUAUUAUUUUUUUUUUCUCCGUAGGGCGGUGGUGUGGCGAACGAACUCUUUCGUUCGCCCACUUUAGGUUAGGCCAUCUACAUUCACAUUCCAGAUUCAUUUCAUAUUUAGAAUUCCCUCGACCGCGCAUGCGUGGAUAUAUUGUUUCGCCCAUCCAUUACAUCUUUACCAGUCCUCCAUUCAACAUCGCAUCAUCUAUUUGACAGUACUUUUAUUUUAUACCCAUAUACAAUAUUAUUAUAAUCAGUUCAGUGAAUAAAUAUACCUACAUCUACAUCGUCGUCUUCAUAUCUAUUUACUAAUAUAAAACCUCAACGGCGAUACACGCAGUGACCAAUACACGAUCAGUUAUAGUCAUGGGUGCUGCAGAAACGUGAGAAUAAUUGAUCGUUAAUGGCGUGCAUUACGAUCGCUUGUGAAGCUUCGUGACAAUUGCAUACUUUUGUACGACAACACUAUUAUAUUAUAUUUUUAGUUGAAACAACUUUUUUGGUUCCAUAUAAAAUGGAUGAUUGACAUUUAUAGGAAUAGUAUAAUUAAAGGUCAUAGCACACAUAUCAACUCGUAAAGGGAUCGGGUACCGUAUCGACUCUACCCGCCCCUUAUUCUUUGUAUGAAACUUCCUGCAACCAAGAGCGCAUUUACCAGCAAGCUAAGUAAGCUGGAGCCUAGGGCGGCAAAUUUCACCGUACAAAUAUAAGGAAAAAUGUCAUUGUGUACGACUACAUAGUAAAAGGAGUCGAGAAAAUUAACGAAAAAAAACUGAUGUAAGACAAAGAGCACGUAAUAUCUUAUCUAUUAUUAUUUAUUUAUUUUAUUAUUAUUCGUCUACCCUUAGUCGACGUCUGGUUGACGGCGAGGCGAUACGAUUAUGAUCCCUUUCUGAUUUGAUAUGUGUGCUACGACCAUUAAUUGUAAAUAAUAUUUAAGAGGUGGAUAGAAAAGUAUUUGUGUACAAUUGAUACGCUUACACGUUGAUUAAAUAGAUUAUUUAAAAUUAUGUUUUCAUUAUUAAAGUUAUUUUAAUUUUUAACCUAUAGACUUAUUAGACGUGGAACGUCAGUAAAAAUAAUACAUAUUCAAUAACUAAAUCUUUUGACAUACAUGUAGUAUUUACAGGACUGCAUGUCAACAGAUUAGUCUAUAAAUACACGUCUCUGGUAUGAGGGGGGAGUUGCACUUUGGUGUCGCGGGAAGAAAGAAAGAAAAUAAAUUUAUUCAGAUUCAAAAGUUACAGACAGUACCUUACCAUAAAGACAGCAUGUCUGUUGUGCUUAUUAAAAAUUAUAAACGAAUUCAAAUUAAUUAAAUUAAAAGCAGCAAAUAUGUUUAAAAAAAAUACUUAAUUACCAAAAUAAUAUUUUGCCUGUGCGGUCCAUGUCUGUAGAUAUAAACGGACCUGUGGCCUAAUUCACUAUUUUGGUCUUUAUUAUCAACUUAUUGAAGUGGACAAGAAAGUGUCAUCUACAUACUAGUAUGAUAUACAUACCUGAUGACAUUUGUAAUUUGUCAUCAUAGUAUCAUAGUUAUCAUAGUAUGUAAAUGACAUUUUGUCAAUUGAUUUGUUUUUUAUUUUGAUGGGUUGAUAAUAAAAACCAAAAUAGGAAAUAGGCCAGCUGUACGUACCACGAUGGUACUAAGUACAGAUGCAAGAUACAGUGUUUAACCAAGUGGAAAUGAUUACAGAUUAACCGAGUGAUCAAACUGAUCACCAGAGUGUGCGCGAACAUACCAAUACCCAAAUCAGUUGUCUUGAUUACCACCAUGCCAUACAAAUAAAUUAUAAGCAAUAUUUUAAGUUUUAUGUGCAAUAUCUUGUAGUUUAAGGUAAUUUCUGAAAGUUCUACCUAAAUGUAACUUUGGUUUACAAAAUUUUAAAUAUCUAUAAGACUGAAAAGGUUUUAGUAUAGACGACUGUGUUGCAUAAUAAUAAUAAUUAAUAAUUACUGAUUAUCUAAUAAUAAUUACCUAUUGAAGAGAUAAAUCCAUGAAUCUGAUACAAUAAUUACAAAAGCCUCGGUGUAAAUUGUUUACAAAAUAAUAAUAUUAUUGGUAAAAAACUGUAGCUACUUUUGCCUUAGAUACGUGCAUAUUAGGUUGGGGAAAAACUUUCUUCGCAUUUUAUGUAAAAAAUCAAAAGGCUUUUCUUAUAAAGUUUAUUUACAUUUGGCUAAAGUAUGUACAUUUGGAUAAAGUAUUUCGUUGGAUAACUUUUUGCCAUCUUGAAGGGACAUGAUCCCCAUUGCUAUAAAAAUUUUGGGGCUUCUGAUUCAAAAAACUGCAACAAGUGGUUUUGGCAGUCCUCUCGUGAUGUUAACCUGACACUGCCUAAAGAAUUCUGCAGAGACCGAAUCGGUGAAAAUCUGAAGGUGCAAAAUCAGGACUAUACGGCGGAUGGAUUAAAACUUCCCAGCUGAACUCGUAGUUUUUGGUGAGUGGUUAAAAUUGUGUGAGUUCUAGCCCACACCCCUUCUGUUGAUUAAUUCUGGCCACUUUCUCUCAAUUUUUUGUUUUAAUCUCAUCAGCUGUUCGAAUUUAACUUCAGAAUCGAUGGUCCUGCCUGGCGAUAACCAGCUCAUACUGAAUAAUGCAAAUCGCAACAGACACACAGCAUCACCUUGUUACGAGUUAACCCAGGUUUUGCUACAGUUUGUGAAUUCUGAUCGGCUUUUGAUCACGAUCUUUUUCGCACGUUCCCAACCUGUUAUAUACCAAGUAUGUGACCAAGCGCUGCGCCACGGCGAUCUGAGGCGGUGAGGUUAUAUUUCCUGUUCCUGUAGCUAUUGCAUCCCAAAGAAGCGACCGCAUCCGGUCGCAUGGUUGAUAUGCACUGCCGCAGCACGGCGCAGCGCGCAUGCUUGGUGUAUAUGCAGUUAUGCACGUAUGUAUGCAGAGAGCUACAGUAAAUAUCGGCCUCAGACCUCAGACAGUUCGCUUCGCGCGGGCGCCUGCUUGGUAUAUAUGUUAAAAUAACAACAUGAAUUUAUAUUUUCCCUAAACAAAUGUAGUGAAUAGAACAAAACCCUGAAGUGGUUCAGUAAAUUGACAAAAAACAUGUCUGUUUUUGUUUGAAACUCAGUCUGGAGCAAGAUUUAGAAUUGUUUCAUAAAGAUCUGAAGUCCUGCUAUACAAUCUCUUUCUAUUGGCUUCUAUAGUAACUUUUAUAUAUUAUCAAUGGACACCAACAAGUAAAUUUUGUAAAAAACUAGAGUUAGGUUAGGUCAGAACGUGCUUGCUGGGUUGCGGUAGUUUGUCAAAAUGUUCCCGUGGCUCAGUCAUCAGGCGGAGAGUCGGAACACCGUGGGGUUUUAGUCGGUUGAAGUCCGACAUAACCUUCUUGCCUCCUCGUGGCGCAAAAGGUGUCCAUGAGGACCCCACGUUAAAAAAAAAGGUUAGGUUAGAACGUAAACAACCCAGUUGCUCGGCAGCAGGCCAGGCACUUAGGUCAGUGUUUCGGUUAUUUCACUGAACCAAUUUGUUAAAUUCACUAGGUUUGUUUAGGGAAAAGAUGAAAUCGUGUUGUUAUUUUAACAUUUUCCGUGAUUUGAUCAAAUCCUUUGGAGAUGUUUUGUCAACACAAGUGGCUGUCGCGCGCGUCAGCUACUUUUGUGGCCCCUUCUAGCUUCUUGUAGCGGUGUAUGUGGCUGUCGCGUGUAGCCCGUGUGCGGCGACAUUUAGGCAAUCGCCACUCAGCGAAUGCGAGUUUAUAAGUCCAGUAUUAUUUGCCCUGCUCUACGCAAACGCAAGGCAUGUUGCACUAGCGAAUUAUUACUCAAAAUGGCUGUUAUUUAUAUGUAGCUAAAUAUAUUUCAUUUUAUGAAGACUGGAAGUUUGCCAUUUCAUGCUCCUAUCAUAGGUUAGUACCUAGCCAAUUAUGGAGUUUAGACAGUAAUAGCUUUGGAAGGUAUUAGCAGGCAAUUCACUAUCUUUGACGUAUGAUAGUUGACAUAUACGAAAUUUACCAACUAGCCACUGUAGGUAAUUUCGUAAGCUAUGUGAUUUUGAAUUAACUAUUUAUUUAACGCUAACUGAUCAAAAUUGAGAUUCAUAGAGUGAGUCAGACAUCAUAGAGUAGUUUGUGGAUAGCAAAAUGUUUUUUUUCCAUUUUGUCAAUUCCCUGUUGAUUUUUGUUAACAUUAGGCUUUGUAGAAUACGAAAAAUGUAGUUAUUAAUUAUAUUAGGUAGCUAACACGUCAAAGUUAGUGAAUUGGCCGGCAGGUCUCCAGCACGAUAAUUCACUAUCUUUGACGUAUGUUAGUUGACAUAUAUACGAAAUUGGGAUUCUAUGUAACAAAUGUCAUCCGGUGCUUACGGACAACCCUCCGUGGAUAUCAUACAAUAUUUCAUGUUUAUUUUAAGAGGUUAUUAAUAAAAACCAAAUUAGUGAAUAGGCCACCUGGGCCAGACCCAUAACGGUCUAAGUACAAAGAAUAUUUUUUAUGAUUACCUAGGCAGAAUAUAAGAAAUCAUGUGCCCAAGUCAUGAGCUAUGGCUUGAUUAUUAAUUUUAAACUCUAUAAUUAUAAACCUACGGUUCUUAUUGUGAUUGGUAGGAGGUUGGACAGAUAAACUUUCAGCCUUCAUAAAGAGAAAUAUAUCUGGCUGUCGCAAGCUCUUGUUUUUGUAUGUACAGUCGGAUUCAAUGUUUAUGACGUUUCGGAACAUUUUAGAACAAGAUUUUAGGUAUCAGCGGUAACGUAGGGCCGUGGCGGGAGAGUAUCACCCCGCGCGCGCUUCCCUCACACCCGCAAACGUCUCACGCAUCUGGACUUUAUAUAUGACCUGCUGCAGGUUAUUUUCGAGACGUAAUAAAAAUUGUAUCCGAUUGUACCAGGCUUUGCUUGGAUAUAAGGCGUAAUAGACAUUAAGUUGAUUUGUAUGACCAGUGAGGACCAAUGUAAAUAAAGAACAUAUUGGUUUAA